CUCAGCUCAUGGGUCCUCACUUAUUUCUGCAUUAGAGAGAUAUAUAGAGAUCAGAUCCAUCGUAUCUCGGCCUCUCUCUUUCAUCUCUCCUCUUCUUUUGAUCAGCAGCAGAGGCACCGGCAGCUUUUAAAAGCUUGAUCACACACACACACACACACACAUUCUUUGUAGUCAGUCAGUGGCAACAAUUACUGAGUACUGCUAGUUACUUAUCGAACAAUUCGAUUAGCUUCGCUAGGUGGUACCGUUUCGGUUGGUUGUACUUGUUGUAGUAUAAAUAUUGAUGGCUGGGAUGCGUUGCGGAGUUAACAUUGGAGGCGAGACUGAAACAGCUAAACCAGUCGAGCCUAGUUCUCAGUCGGCUAGGCGGAGGAGGAUGGAAAUUCAUCAAUUCAGAUUUGUAGCUUCGGAUGUAGCGGUUGCUCCUUCCCAAGUUGAGAACGGAAGGAAGAGACAAAAGGUUGAGGUAGUUGGCCCGGCUUCUCCGUCUCGGAUGUGCGACAACGCGGUUGAUCAGAACUCCAAGGAGGAUGAUCUGGACGAGAGCAAAGUGGCUGGGAACAAAGAGAUGAAGUGUUUGCAAUCUGCAGGGCCAGCUAAUUCAGUGUCGUCGUCGUCGUCUACAUCUACCGUCGAACAGGCGGCUGCUGGGCUGCCGGCGGAGGCGCCUAAAUUUGGGAUGACCUCUGUUUGCGGGAGGAGAAGGGACAUGGAAGAUGCAGUUGCAAUUCACCCUUGCUUUUCCCAAGGAAAUUCUGCGACUCCAUCUAAUUUGCAUUUCUACGGGGUCUAUGAUGGUCACGGAUGCUCCCAUGUAGCCACGAAGUGCAAGGAAAGAAUGCAUGAGAUUGUGAAAGAUGAAUUGGAAAACGGGGAUUGUUCCUGGAGGGAAAUGUUGACCCGGAGCUUCUCUCGCAUGGACAAGGAGAUCUCCGACUGGUGCAGUGCAGUUGGGGUGUCCACCUCUCCUUGCCGCUGCGAGCUACGGACUCCUCAAUGCGACGCCGUGGGAUCCACUGCUGUUGUCGCCGUCGUCACCCCGGACAAAAUCAUCGUCUCCAACUGCGGUGACUCGCGCGCCGUCCUUUGCCGAAAGGGCUCUGCUAUCCCUCUUUCCGUCGAUCACAAGCCCGAUAGGCCUGACGAAUUGGAGCGGAUCCAAGAAGCUGGCGGCCGGGUUAUAUACUGGGACGGGGCAAGAGUUCUUGGAGUCUUAGCAAUGUCCCGAGCAAUUGGCGACAAUUACUUGAAACCCUAUGUGAUUUCUGAACCGGAGGUGACGAUAAUCGAUCGAAGUGGCGAGGAUGAGUGCUUGAUACUAGCCACUGACGGAUUAUGGGAUGUGGUAUCCAAUGACACAGCUUGUGGGGUUGCAAGAAUGUGCUUACAGUCUGGGAAGCCUCCUUCGCCGGUACGGUCACCAGGGAGUGAUGCGACCCUCAAUUCACCCGGAGAAAGCUCCGACAAGGCUUGUUCCGAUGCAUCAAUUCUGUUGACUAAACUGGCCUUGGCCAGGCACAGCACUGAUAAUGUCAGUGUAGUCGUGGUUGAUUUGAGAAGAGAUCUAUAGGCUUGUACUCUUGUCCCAGCGGGGAUUAACGUUAAAUAUUUUUGCCUUGUUUUAAGGUUAGCUGAUUUAGUAUUUAGUACUAAAAUUGAUCGGAUUGCGUCCAAGACGGCCUGGGGUUGCCGAGAGAAGAAGAUUACUCGCUCGCUAGUGGAGUCUUCCAACUUCUUGUGUUCAACUCGGACAAAUCUUGACUAUGAAUUAGUUUUAGUAGUAUCAUUUUAGGAAGGAUUGAUGUGGGCAAUUUGUAUAGAUCUGGGGUUAUUGCCAGGGGAGGGGAAGAUGUAUUUUUGUGUUUGAUAAUAUAAUAGAUAUUUCGGACUUCCAAUU